CCGGCCGCCGGCGCCCUGGCCCCGGCGACGCCGCGCUGGCGGCGGGGCUGUGGGCGACGGCGCGGGGCCGCCGCGGGGGGCAGCGCAGGCGAAGCCGGCUGAGAUGCAAGAACGCCGUGCGGGUGGUUGAGGACUUGUUCGAGGAGGAUCAGUUACCGUCUCGGGCCAGCCAGAAGAGCGGCACGAGGGUUGUGACGGACGACUUGGCCAGAUCGUUUCUGAAGGUGUUUAGCAAUUCAUUUGUCAACACCAUCGAGAGCGUUCGGACACCGCACAUCCUGAAUGUGACCCAGAACCUGCGCACAUUCGCCACCCGCGUCCCUGUGAAAUACCGCGGCAGCAUCGAGAAGGCGCUGCAGACUGACGGGUUCCUCUCGUUCCUUUUGGCGCGUGCCUCCAUCAGCCUCUUGGUCGCAAAAGCUACACUGCCCCGAGUCCCUGACUCGUUGCCGCCAUUGGAGCCCUCAGAGGUACACGAGCAGAUUGCGACCGUAGUGGAGGAAUUGUACAUUGCUGCGAUGCUCCACGCCGAGCAGUUCGACACGGAGCUGAAGGCAGACGGAAAGAGUUUCGUGGCAGUUGCGACGGCCCUCAUGAAGAGUUUGGCCGACCCCGAGGUAAUCUCCCAGCGGAACAUACAGUCGGCCGUCGUCGGAUUGGAUGCCAACCCGAUGUUGUGGACACGGUAUGGCAUGGAUUUGCUGAACCUAUCUCUGCAGAGCAUGCAGUCGACCAAGUCGAAACCCAGCAGCGCUUCAGACAAGCGAAAGGUCUCGCUCCUGGGCGGUGACUCGCUCUACGCCACCGCGCAGUGGGCCCUGGCCAACGUGGACUCCCGCGCUUGCCGGAAGAUAAUAGCCAAGACGAUCUCUGCCUUCAGCGAUGGCCAGCUGCGAAAGAAGGAGCUGUACUGGUGCCUCAACAUGAGCAUCCGCGAGUACCUGGACAUCGAGAAGACGGCGGGCGUGGCGACCUUCUUCUCCGCCUCCGCCGUGUGCCCUGCGCUUGUGAACGGGGUGGACGACGACAUCGCCCAGCAGCUCGCGGAGUUCGGCUCCGACAUGGGCCUGAUAGUCGACCUGCUGAAGGACACCCGCCUGGAGAGCAUACGCAUGUCCCUGGAGACGGGGCGCAUGACCGCGCCGGUGUUGCUCGCCAUGGAGCGGGACCCCAAGCUGCGGGUCCUGCUGCAGCGGAGGCUGUCCCGCUCGGGGGACUUCCCAGAGGCGGUGGACCGCGUGCUGUCCAAGGGCGUGGAGGAGACGAUGCGGCUGAUCAACCGCCUGGGGCUCCGGGCCACCGCCCGGCUCGACUGCCUGGAGGAGAGCCCCGAGCGCGACGCGCUGCUGACGCUGUCGCGGGGGGUCUCCUGCACGCCGCUGGCGGAGGAGGCCGACCCCAGCUGCCAGUUCUCGGCCACCUUCGCGCUGAAGGUGGAGAACCUGCGCCUCCGGGCGCAGAUGCAGCGGGUGCGCCAGGAGGAGCGGAAGGCGAAGGCGCAGCUACGGGCCAUUUGCGAGGUGGCAAGCGGGGCCCAGCGGACGCCGCUCAGACCCCCGCGGAUGGUUGGCCUAGGCCUGGAGUUCAACGCUCAGGAGAUCGACUGGUUGCUGCUGCGCGGACUCGGCCGCCGUGCUCCGCUGCCGGAGUCGCUGGACCUCGACGUUCUGCUCAGCUGCAUCGCCGAGGACCAGGAGAGAGUGCAGCAGCGCUUGCUGGAGCUCGGCGACGCCGCGGAGAGCCGGAAGCUGAAGCACGCCGUCCGCGACGUCUUCAGCGCGGGGGGCAAGCGGCUGCGCCCCGCGCUGUGCCUGCUCACGGCCAGGAUGCUCCAGGCGUGCGGCGCCGACGCCCCGCAGGUGCCAGCCACCGAAAGGAUCCUCAUGCUAGCGACGGCGGUGGAGAUCAUCCACACAGCCUCUCUGGUGCAUGACGAUAUCCUCGACGACGCUGAGACCAGGCGGCAAAAGCAGACAGUGCACCUCAUCUUCGGCCCAGACGUCGCGGUGUUCAGCGGGGACUUCCUCUUCGCGCGCGCGUCCUCCCUGAUAGAGUCCCUGGAGGACGACGAGGUCACGCGGCUGGUCUCGCUCGUCAUCGAGGAGUUUGGGCACGGCGAGUUGGCCCAGGGUUCUCAGCGCUUCAAUGCGAACAUCACGCUGUUCGACUACCUGAGGAAGAGCUUCUACAAGACCGCGUCCCUGCUGGCGGCAUCGUGCCGAGCCAGCGCGGUGCUGUCGGAUCAGACGAGGGAGGUCUGCGACGUCAUGUACAGCUACGGCUUCUACCUUGGCAUCGCGUUCCAGAUUGCCGACGACAUCCUCGACUUCACGGGCGACGGACAGGAAAUGGGGAAGCCUGUGGUGCAAGACCUGCGGGAGGGGAACCUCACGGCCCCCGUGAUCUUAUGCUUGAACGGGAGCAAGGACCUCGGCCUGGAGCCGGCGCCGGGAGCCGCGGAGCUGCGGACGCUGAUCUCCAACCGCUUCGCGCAGGAGGGAGACCUGGACCGAGCGCUGGAGCUGAUACGCGACGGCGACGGCAUUGGCAUGGCGUACAAGUUGGCCGAGAAGUUUUCCAGAAAGGCCCUGCAGGCGCUGCCGCUCCUGGCCCCCUCCGACGGCGAGGCGCGGCGGGCCCUGGCCGGCCUCGCCGAGUGGGUGGUGAGGCGCUCCGUGUAGCGGGCGCGCUGGGCGCGCUGGGAGGAGGAUAACGCCAGGCGACCAGACUUUCGCGCGCCUCCUACUCCACCUCCUCUUCUCCCCCACCUUCUCCGCAGUCUCCCUCUCCUCACCGCCGGUAUCACCGCCCAGGAGCCCGAGGUGGUUCUGACGUUGAGAUGCAGUUUUCCUUGCGCGUUUUCAUGUUCGCGCGCUGCACAGGAAAGAGUGCAGUCCCAGCGGUGGCCUAGUCCUCUGUCAGUGAAUCCGCGAGUUUGCCAGAA